AUGGGGAAAGCGAAGCAAGCCGUUGACUACUUCGUGGUGGAUGCUUUCACUGAUUCUCCGUUCAAGGGCAAUCCGGCGGCUGUGUGCUUGCUGGAAGAGGAGCGAGACGAGGCCUGGCUACAAUCGCUGGCCGCGGAGUUCAAUAUCUCCGAGACAUGUUACUUGACUCGCUUGCUUCCGGCCACUUCCCCAAAUCCCAAGUUCCGUCUCAGGUGGUUCACCCCUGUCGCCGAGGUUAAUCUCUGUGGUCACGCAACAUUAGCAGCCUCCCAUACCCUUUUCACCAAUGGAUUCGUGGACUCUGAUACGAUCGAGUUCGAAACCCUGUCCGGAGUUCUGACUGCCAAAAGAGUUCCUGCUGGUAGUAGUCCCCUCAGUGAUGGGGAAGCGAAAGAUUGCUUCCUCAUUGAACUUAAUUUCCCUACUGUCCCAACUACUGAGUUCAACUAUGCUGCCGCGGCUGUUGAUGAUGACAUUGCUACCAUCUCCAAGGCAUUGAACGGUGUUUCGAUUGUGGAUAUGAGACGGACCACCACAGCAGAUGACCUCUUUGUGGUGCUGCCGUCUGGUGAAGCUGUGUUGGGAUUGGAGCCGAAUUUCGAUGAGAUAAUGAAGUGUCCGGGAAGGGGAAUCAUCGUCUCCGGUGCAGCUCCUUCCGGGUCUGGAUUCGAUUUCUACAGUCGAUUCUUCUGCCCCAAGUAUGGGAUCAAUGAGGAUCCAGUUUGUGGCAGUGCUCAUUGUGCGUUGGCACCCUACUGGAGCAAAAAGCUGGGGAAAUCUGAUUUCCUGGCGUAUGCGGCGUCACCCAGGAGCGGAGUGCUCAACAUUCAUCUCGACAAGGUCAACGAGAGGGUGAUGCUGCGUGGGAAAGCUGUCACUGUUAUGCAGGGCUCUGUUCUUGUAUGA